AGGAGCGCUUCCGGGUGGAGAGGGCGUGUCUAGUGACGUGUUUCCGCCCAGUGACCCUUUCUUGUCCUUCUUGCAGAGCUGCAGACAUGGUGCUAGAGAUGGAGAAAGUCCUGGCAGGGGAGCCAGAGGAGGAAGAAGCUGAAGAGGAAGAAGAGGAAGAUCUAGUGGAUCCUUUAACUACAGUGAGGGAGCUCUGUGAGCAGACCGAGAAAUGUGUAAAGGCGAAGGAGAAGACGGAUUUGUGCGAGUCCCGGGUUAACUCACGCUCCCAUACAGAGGAGGAAUGUACUGAAGAACUCAUGGAUUUCCUGCAUGCAAGGGACCACUGUGUGGCUCACAAACUCUUCAAGCAUUUGAAAUAGACCUAUUUUGUUUUCCCUCUUUGAAGUGAAACUUUAUCUGAAAUGCCCAAGAAUCUUCAGAAUAUAAGAUGUUUAGUUUUUGUGACCCAUCCUGCUGUUGGAUUACAACUUCCUGAGACCAUUGUCAGUACAGUUUUUAUUUAAGGCUUUGGAAAUUGUCCUUGACAUGAAUGUCUAAACUUCAGUAUCAAGAUCAUCGUGGCUGCUUCUCUUAAUAAAGAUGUUCAGUGUUGACUUA